UGACAGAAGUGGACGUCAUCAAUGACAAAAAGCCAAACAAAAUAACAAUUUCGCGUAGUGUAACUAUUCAGUAUUUGCAGUAAUUUAAUAAUUUUACACUAAAUAAACUUUUAAAACGUUUAAUAUACAACAUCAAAACAUGAGCGAGAAAUCCAGCAAUCCAUACGAUAUGGAUAGUUCCAGUUUCGAUUCGGAUCGCUACUUGCAGAAGCUGUUGAAGGAAUGCUCCCUCAAGCAAAUAAUGGACACCGAGGCGGCCAUCGUCCGCCAGACGCAAACCCUGCAUAGCGACAUGCAAACCCUGGUGUACGAAAACUACAACAAGUUCAUCUCGGCCACGGACACGAUCCGGAAGAUGAAAACCGACUUCAAGAGCAUGGAAACGGAAAUGAAUCUGCUGGUGUCGAACAUGGCCUCGAUAACGGAGUGCAGCGAGAAGAUUACGGACACGCUGCAGGAGACUCGGACCCAGUUGACGAGGCUCUCGGGGAAGCACCAGCUGCUGAAGAAGUUGCAAUUCCUGUCGUCGCUUCCGGCCAAGUUGAAGACGUUGAUCGAAGAGGGGAACUACCAGCAGGCGGUUCAGGAGUAUUCCCAUGCCCAGAAGGUGCUGCAGCAGUACGGCAAUCAGCCGUCGUUUCAGGGCAUUCAGGAGGAUUGCGUGAAGAUCUUGGACGAUUUGAAGCGCUUGCUGAAGCAGGAGUUCCAGAAGACCGGAAAGACGGCCCAAUCGCUGACGGAGAUCGGGGAACUGCUGCUGCAGCUGGAUGAAAAGCCGUCUGCGCUGGCCAAGGAGAUGUUGGAGUGCGCUACGAAGAGACUGCACGAGCAGCUGGUUAUGCUGCAGGAUCAGACCGAUCGGGAUAUGAUCGAGUUUAUCGAUUUGGGGAUCGAGGGAUUCUUGAAUGAUUUGACGUUGGUGAUCAGCUCUUAUAAUGAUAUGUUCCUUGUGAAGCAUAUCGAACAGGAAGUUGAUGAUUUCGAAAUUAUCGCCCGGAUGGAUUUGAAUGAGUUUGUCAAUCGGAACAUCGAUGAGUAUUUGGCUUUGGUGCAGGACCGAGCGGAAGUUGAGAUUGGUCACGGAGAUUCGCAGAUCAUUUUGAGAGGGCUGGAUCGAUUGCACCGAAGAUUGACGGCAAUGAAGUCGUUAUGCAAGGCGUUGGAUAUGAACAAAUCGGGAAUCGAUAUCAUUAUCAACGCUGCUUACUAUUUGUGCAAGUCCCACAUGAAGUCACUGAAGGAUCACUUCUCGGACAAUCUCAGUUCGAUUCGGUUGGCUUUGGUCUCCGCCAAGUCGGACACUUCAUCAUCGUCGUCGAAUUCUACCCAUUCCGGUCUCAAAGAGCUAAUCACGAAUCUGUACGUUUCGACCAUGGAGAAAGUGAAAGGGCUCCUUCAAGAUUUGCUCAUUUUCCUCCAAUCGGAUUGGUCUUUCAAUCUGAAAACUGAUCCCAAGGGAGCUGCAUGCAUCGAAAGCAUCCGAGAGAACCUCCUGGUAGGAUUUUUGCGACACAUUUCCAGCACCAUGAACGCCUUUGGAAGCCUCAACUCCUCCAGCCCACCGACCCUGCUAUUGAUUCUGUCCAAGAUGUGCCUGGAGAUGGACAAAAGCGGAGUUCAUGUCCUAAUCUCACUGGUGGACGAACUCUACGAUAUCGACUCGGAAAACAGCACCACUUUGGUGCACGAAACGGAGCUCUGCUCGGAAAUGCGUGACUCGGCUCAGCAUCUCCUGGAUUCGUACGUUCGCCUCCAAGGGCUGAAUCUGUCGCAGAUGCUUCGUAAAAGUGUCGAAACGCGAGACUGGCUCAACUGCUUGGAACCCCGUUCGGUUCGAGCGGUCAUGAAGCGCGUCGUGGAAGAACUGGCCGCCAUUGACCUUGUGCUCGGCGAACUGUACGACACCAGCGAGUUGCGCACGGCAGCCAGCAGCGAUUCCAGCCGGAAAACCCAUUUCAGUUUGACCGCAUCGAAACAGUCCCAGUAUCGGUCCACGUGGUCCACCUACACGCCUUCGCAGAUGGACAGCAGCUUCGUGUCCAACAUCCAUCGACUGUUCUCGGAGAAGAUCGAAAUCUUCAGUUCGGUCGAGUUCUCCAAGGUUUCGAUCAUAACCGGAAUCAUAAAGAUCUGCCUGAAGACGCUUCUGGAGUGCGUUCGGCUGAGGACAUUCAGCAAGUAUGGGUUGCAGCAAAUUCAGGUGGACGCACAUUAUCUGCAGAUGAAUCUGUGGAGGUUUGUGACGGAUGAGAAUUUGAUUCACGUUCUGCUGGAUGAAAUACUUGGAUCUGCGGUUCUGCGAUGCCUGGAGCCGAUCCUCAUGGAGCCAAAUGCCGUUGAAAUCAUCUGUGAAAGGAACUAGAAGGGUAAGUUGAUGUUGAAACAUUCCAAUUUUAAUCGUACUUAUUUAUGUAUUGUAGAAACUAUAUUGUGUUAAUCGACAAAAAUUUUGCGUAGCAACUAUGGAAA